CUUGAAUUUCUGAAUGGUCAAAUCCAAGGUGAACAAUCGGCUGACAAUAUGGGUAGCAACGAACAGGAGACAUCUAAUGAUAAUGAAAGUACAAUCGAUGCUGAGUGUAAUGAGAGUGAUACUGAGAUAACCAACCACAACCUGACUAACCCUGCGACACCUUCAACAUCAACUGCAUCAUCUACACGUCGUAAACGACAAGCCAAUGAAGAAAUUGCAAAAACAAUACCGUUGAUAGGUGAAAAAUUAGAAAAGCCUGAUGAUGAAUACGAUGCUAUUGGAAAAAAUGUAGCGGCUAAACUUCGUAAUAUGACUGCUACUCAACAAGGCAUAGCUGAAAAAGUAAUCAAUGAAGUAAUUUUUUUUGGACGGUUUGAAAAAUUAACUUUUAAUACAACUAAACAUCGUCCUGGUCCAGUCCAGGUACCCCAAACACCAUUAGUACACAUCCCAGCUGUUCCAGUACAGAUGCAAGAAACAGAAGCACUUCACUUGUCACAAGACUCGCAAAUUAUUAGUGUACCGGUCACCCUGAUUGAAUAUUUGAACUUUAAUAAAGACUGA